AUGGUGAUAUGGAAGGGCAAUGUAAAAAAUAAAAUAUUGUUUUUAAUUUUUGUAGCUUAUUUUUUUGUUUUUGUUAAGAUAAGCAAUGGUCAGUUGAUUAAAUUGGAUGGUCAGAAAAUUAACACGAAUUAUAUUCUUUAUGUUUUGAAAGGUUUAUAUAUAUUUGGAGAGAAUGAAAGUCCCUAUGUUUUAUUAGGAAAAAAAAAGGAUAUGGAUUUUAAGGCAGCUCAUGCGAUUUUUGAAAAUGUGGGUAUAAGUACGACAGAUAAUAAGAACACGAAAUAUUUUUCUUUUGAGAUGGGCGACACGACAAGUGGUAAUAAUGAAAAUAAUAAUAAUAAUAAUAACGACGGUCAUAAUAAUAAUAAUAAUGACAGUCAUAAUAAUAAUAAUAAUGACGGUCAUAAUAAUAAUUAUGACCAUAAUAAUGACAGUACACUAGAGAAUACGAACCUACCACAAAAUAGUUACAACAAUAAUGGUAAUAACGGAAAUAAUUCAAGUGAAAAACAUAAGGAUGAGGAUGAAGAUAAGGAUAAAUUCAAAAUAAAUUUAUACAAAGAUAAUCCUUAUCUACGUAAAAAAAAAGAAUAUAGAUACUCUGAAGACGUAGAUUCUUUUGUUACGUCUGAAUUAUUUUUAGAAUUAAUUAUAAUGAAAGAAAAAGAUUUUAAUAAACAUUAUUUACCAAAAGAUCAUGACAUUUGUUGUUAUAUGCAAGAAGAAGGAAUAGACGGAUAUGAAAAAUAUACAUGUCCUGGCAAAGGGUACUUGAAAAGAUAUGUGGAUGAAGAGCAUAUGUAUUCGUUAAAAUUACCUGUAUAUUUUAUUAAUGAUAGGAUAAAAGAUGAUACAAAUAAUAAUAAUAAUAAUAAUAAUAAUAAUAAUAAUAAUAAUAGUAGUAGUAGUAGUAGUAGUAGUUAUUAUAAUAAUAUGUAUAAUUUGAAUAAUGGUAAUGAGAUUAAUCAUGAAAAUUUAAUAAAUCAUCUUAAAAAUAAAUUUGUUUAUAAUAUUAAAGAUACAGAUGUUUAUGCUUUAUUUUUAUCAAAUUGUUUAGAUAGUAAAAAAUAUGAACUACAUUUACAUGGAAAUAUCCAUAUUUUAAAUGAUUAUGGUUAUUUACCAGGAGAUAAAAUAUCAAAAUUAAAUUUAUAUGUAUUAAGUAUGAUAAUAUAUUCUAUUUAUUUAUUUAUAUGGUCCUAUUUAUUAAUUAGAAACAAAAAUUAUGUUAUAAAAAUACAGAUUUGGAUUUUAGUAUGUGUAUUUUUAUAUUUAAUAGAAAAUAUUUGCUUAUUUUUAUAUUUCUUAUCAUAUAAUUUAUAUGCCAAAGUUAAUAAUGAAUUAUUAUUUAUAUCUGUUUGUUCUAGUAUCUUAAAAAAUGUUUGUUCAUAUCUUCUUAUAUUAUUAGGAUCAUUAGGAUGGGGUAUUGUUAUUCCUACAUUAGAUAGAAAGACAUUUAUUAAAAUCAAAAUCCUUUUUUUCUUUUUUAUUAUUUUUGAUUUUAUUAAACAAUUUGUAGAUAUGCAUUUAACAGAUACACAAAUUAAUACUGGAUAUUUUUUUUUCUGUAUAAUACCUGUUACAAUUAUCUAUUCUAUUAUAUAUAUAUGGGUUUUUACUUCAGCUAGCCAAAUUAUUAUACAAUUAAAUGAGGAUAAACAAUAUGAAAAAUUAAACAUGUUUAAAAACCUUUUUAAUGUAUUAAUAUUUACUUUAUUAUUUUCGGUUAUAGCAUUUAUAAUAGACAUAGUAGUAAUGUUAUAUGUAGAUAAUAGUAUAUGGAAUUUAAAAAAUUAUUUAAGUGAAGGAAUUAUUAGUUGUUUAUUUUUAAUUAUAUUAACAGCCAUGUUUAUUUUGUUUAAACCUUCUGAUAGGCUUAAGAGAAUAUCUCAUUUUACAGAAAUUGGAGAUAUGGAUGAAAUGGAAGAUUUUUCAAAUUUCAAAAAUUCUAUUGAAGAUAUAUCAUAA